AUGGCUACGCACAAAGUGGGAGAACCGUCAAGCCCAUCAGCAUCAUCGAUAUUCCUUCCGCUGGGGAGACGCGGUUCGCGGGCGUCUUUGUCAACUCAAGCUGAGCGUGAAACGUUAAAUGAAGCCCUCGACCAGAUUCAUACGGCGGCUUAUCAAUCCGAGUCGCUGACCGUCUUUAACGAGUUCACCCAUCCCCCGGUUCCUUCGUCAGCCACGGAAAAUGGAAAUACCGCGAACGAUCCUCACAGUGGCCUCAGUGGGCUGUAUAGUCGAUUACGAGCAUCCGUCGGCGGCGUCAAAGAAGUUAUGGGCAACACUGGCCGAGGGCUUGAAGGUUCACACCCCGAUCAAGUGAAUAAACCCACGGGGUCAGGCAAGGAAUCUGUGUCUUCUGUAGACGCACAUGCAUCACAAACCAAUUCAGCCCAUGCGUCUAAAGUGCAUUCUCCAUCUGUGGGAGCUCUUUCUCCCGUCACGGAUAUUUUCAGUGCCGCCCCUGGACCAAAAAGCAGCAAGCUUGCUUCAAAGCCUGCUAGCGUAUCAUCGAAAGCUUCCGUGGCAUCGACGCCAGCCAUAAAGUCGCCUGUUCCGCCGGUAACAAAGACGGCGAAUCCUGAAGUAACCGAAAUCAAUGUCAACGCACUCCGGGAUGGUGCUCUUAAUCCAAGUUCUGGUGGGAAACAGUCAAAUGGCGUGGAAUCUGCGGUAAUCGAGAGAUCCGAGGUAUCUUUGCGGUCCUCUAUCAGUGAGAAUGCUAGUGGUUUCUCAAGUCAACGAUCUUUUUCGCCCGUGUUGACGGGGAAGUCUCUCAACAACUUGCGAGAUGGCCAUAUCUUACCCGAUUCAUAUCUCAUGUCACAGACUGGAAACGAUGUGACAGAUUAUGAUAAGCCCCAAAAGCCUGUGUCAGAAUCAGUUGAUCAUCGCGACCUUCCUCAAAUAGACACAUCCGUUUCAGCUACUUCGCGGAAGACAAAGGAGAUUGAAACCGGUGAUCAAGAUAUAAGUCUCACUCAAGGAAACGUGAACACAAAUUCCUCGAGUUCUCUCAUUGCGGACGGGUCGACGGCCGCAACAUCAUCUAACAAUAGUCUGACUCGAGAAUCCAAUGAUAACGAAUCUCAUCCUCCUGUGCAUAACUUGACUACUGCGACCACUUCGAUCCCCGCAGGAGACCGAGCUUCGAGGCCUUCUGUAUCCUCAACAUCCUCGUUUGAUAAGCCUCGCGAAAAACUAGUUUCAAGAGUUAGCACGGGUCGGCUACCGGGUUAUGUGAUGUCUAGGGCAUCCUCUAGCGAAACUGCCACUACACGGUCGGCGGUACUUGAAACGCCCAUGAACCAAUCUUACCGCAACAGAGUCCUGAACAGAGCGGAUGAUUCCCAGAACAGUUCCUUUUCUCAACUAAAGAGUAAACUGCUGAGCAGGGAAUUCUGGAUGCGAGAUGAGAAUGCCAAGGACUGUUUUUUAUGUGGAGAAUCUUUUACCACAUUUCGACGGAAACAUCACUGUCGGACAUGUGGCCAGAUUUUCGAUUCUAAAUGUACUACAUUGAUCCCAGGGGCGUUAUUUGGCCAAAGCGGCUCUAUCCGGGUCUGCAAGCCCUGCGAGGAUAUGAUUAAUUCACGUGAAUAUGAUUCCUCAGACUUGUCAGAUAUUGAACAAAGUCCCGUGGUGACAAGUGCCGCCGGCUUUGACUUUCCGACGAAUGGGGCAGCCAAUCGUGCUAAUGUUGAUGAAGAUGACGAUACUUCUUCUGUUGUUUCUCAAUCGGUAGAGCAUGUCAUGAAAACCCCCACCAUGGCGAUUCCCGCCACAAGACGCAUGGCAGAGAGUGGUAAUAGACGAUCUGCUGUUCUAGAGAUUGGCCCUGAAAGGCCAUUGACUCGCCCAACAUCAUCGCGGUCACUUAGGUCAUCGACGAAUAUGCGAAGCCAUUCAAUCAGCCAUAAAAGACAUCACUCACGACAGCAACUUUUAAGGGGCUUCAAAGCCUCUCACGAGGACCGCGCUCCGUUUCAACGACGUCAUUUGGACGAUUCGCAACAAAGUUCUCGAUUGCCAGCUUUUCACAGAGACAGCAUUAUUGAUCCUGACCUGGCUCAAUAUUUGUCAGACGAUGCAUCAAGCGGGGAUGAGCAGCCUAGCUUACUUUCAGUUGUCUCUGACAAUAGCUUACCCAAAGCUAACGAGCAUGAGAAAGUCUCAUUUGGGGGUCUACUUGCGGCCGUCAAGAAGAGUCGAUCUCGCCUAAGCGAUCGUAGCACAGCAAAUGGCCCAGGGUCCAUACGCGAAACCGAUGAUGUUAGCAUUACUAGUUCCAAGGCUGUCAACUUACCUCGUACCUCUCGAAGGCGCAACCUUAGCGUUGCUAGCAGCGUUCAUCAACGUCCGUCGUUACGCCUUGCCAAAGAUAACAUUCCAUUGUUACACGACCAUCAUCCACCGAGCACUGUUUAUCCUACCGCUCCGCCAUCGGGGAGUGGCUUCAAAAUGACGAGGAGCUCGUCCAUGAGAGGGGCUAGUGCACCCGCCGUUGAGUUGAACCGAGUCAGCUUAGAUCACGUCCAUAAGCUUCUUCGGCAGCUUCUGAAAGACUCCUCAAUCCCCCACUCAAAUAGCUGGGAGACCGCGUUGAUUCCAAUCCUACUAAAGGCUACAGACGAAGUUGACCCAGAUGUGCAAGGCGGGGAUGACAUGGAUAUUCGACAUUAUGUGAAGCUCAAGAAAAUACCUGGUGGGCGCCCUGGAGAUACUUCAUAUGUCUCGGGAUUGGUUUUCACUAAGAACUUGGCCCUGAAGAGCAUGCCACGCAGCAUAUCUCGCCCCAAUAUCCUAAUUAUCACAUUUGCUAUCGAAUAUGCCCGUCACCAACAACACUUCAUGAGCCUUGAACCUGUGAUUCGACAAGAACGAGAAUUUCUCGAGAAUCUGGUCAGUCGUAUCGCGGCAUUAAGGCCAAGCCUACUUCUCGUCGAAAAAAGCGUGUCAGGUCUAGCUCUUGAGCUUCUUGAACGAGCCAAAAUUGCAACCGCAUACAACGUAAAACCAUCUGUUCUCGAAGCCGUGUCGAGAUGCACGCAGACCAGGAUAAUCACUUCUAUGGACAAACUAGUCACUACGCCAGCUCAUACCGGCCACUGUGAAAGUAUGGACCUCAAAACGUACGUAUUCGGAGGUCGACGAAAGACCUAUAUGUACAUUUCCGGCUGUCCAAAGGAGCUUGGUUGCACUAUAGUUCUGCGCGGUGCAGACAACAAUGUCUUGUCGAGAGUUAAACGGAUUACCGAAUUCAUGGUCUACGUUGUGUACAACUUAAAACUGGAAACUUGUUUGAUGAGAGACGAGUUUGCAAAAUUACCAACGUCGGAGGAGGUUAACAAGAAGGGGGUUCAAAAUGGCGAGAAGCCUGCAAUUCUCAAGAGCUUGGCCGCAAGCGAGCCAGGCACAGUCCAUGAAGACGCUACUCAACCAAAUGGUAACGAUGGAUCUUCUCGAGAUGGUGCUACUGACUUAACGACUGCAACCGUUGCCGCCGAUGUCCCCGACGACGUUCCGAUGCCCACUUACUACGAAGACAUGGUUGAGAAACAUGAAACUAAGAUUCUUUCGGCUUCCCCGUGCGUCAGAUUCGAGCCUCCAUAUCUACUUAUGCGUGCCCGUGAACUAGAGCGCCGUGUAUCCUAUCUCAAAGGUUUGCGUGAUCGCGAUCCAAUGAAAGAGAUGCCGGAUGAGAAGAGCAAAUCUCAAAAGUUCACGCUCAUUACGUCUGAAAUGGUUCAUCAAAACCCUGGCAAUGCCUCGGAAAAGGUAAAGGAAGUUCUGCGGGCUGUACACGACGCAGAGUUUGAUAGGGCAAUGCACAAUUAUCAGACGCAAAAAAGGCAAUGGGAGGCUUACCUUUCGGGAAACUCGAAUUUGUUCGACCCGUAUUCUCACCAAAAUGUGGUUGUACUGUACAGCUUAGUUUGCACUACGACCUCCAUCCCCUGCUCUGGGCCCGAUAUCUUUGCCUUGGAUUUUUACAAUGAGCAUGAAAGUGAAGAUCGUGUAUUUGAGGCAGAUUGCACCCUGGGACAAUAUGUGGAAGAUCUAUGCUUAGAGGCGAAUUCAGUCUGUACCGCCAAUGGAUGCGAAAAGCGCAUGUUUGAACACCAUCGGCAGUAUGUUCACGGAGAGGCGCAAAUCAGCAUUUUUGCUCAACCUUAUCCGUCAAAGCUACGAGGCCUGCAGGACAGGAUUCUCAUGUGGAGCUCCUGUAAAAUAUGUGGUAACGAAACCCAGGCUAUUCCUAUGUCAGAAAGCACCUGGAGGUAUUCAUUUGGCAAGUACUUGGAGCUUUCCUUCUGGAGCAGAGAUCUUCGCGUCAGAGCAGGGGUUUGCCCUCAUGAUAUCCACCGCGACCACCUACGCUAUUUUGGGUUUAAAGAUAUGGCAUUGCGGAUUCAUUAUGACGCCAUCACUCUACUAGAGAUCAUUGUUCCUCGAACGAGGGUCACUUGGAAAGUCGAUAAUGAUCUCCGCCUCAGAAAUGAGGUUUAUAACAAAUUUGAGCAUCGCAUAUCCAAAUUUAUGGGCUCUGUUAAAGCUCGACUCCAGAGCAUCAAUGUGGAGAGUGUCCUGCCAGAAAAAGUGGAAGAGUGCAGGGAAGAAACAGAGAUGCUCUUCAAAAAGGCCAACGAGGAUCACGCCAGCUUGACCAAACAUCUACAGGAAAAAUACACGAAUUCGCAUUACUGGGAGGUCAUCCCACUAAAUGAAGUUCUUCGAGCCGUUCAAGAAAAGGUUGUUGAAUGGGAUACUCUCUUUGCUGAUUUCGAAAAGAACUUUUUCCCGUCAGAAAAGGAUAUUAGAAGACUGGCUUCGUUGCAGCUCAAGAAAAUUUUCCUCGACAGAGAUGCUUCGGCAACCAGUGUGGCAUCUUCUGAAGAGGCCUCAACAACUCCAACCGAGCAAAGUCUUGAGGAGGUAGACGAAAAACUGGAGCGGCCAAGGUCCGUACGUCGCAUGACCUUGUCACCAGAAAAGGCACAGGACGUACUGGUGUCUGUUGUUGAGGAACAUUCGGGUAAAGGUGAAGGGGGCCCUGUGGAACCGAAGCAGAACGAAUCCUUAGAUCAUGGUCUUGGUGCCGUUUCAACAAGUAACUCUACCUCGUCUCAUGCAAGCAUGGCUGAACAGGAAGAAGUACAACAUCUUGAUCUUGCAGUUUCAAAUGCCAUGUCAGAAGACCGUCCACCUGAACCUCCAACGCCUACAGACGUACACGCGAACUCCCGAGCUACCACGCCACCUCCUGAACUACCAGGGCGUCACGAGCCAACGCCGAAAAAGCGUUCACGGUCUGGAGAUAAAGCAACCAGUCCGCAACCAAUUCCGACCUCUUCCAACAUUCCCCGACUUGUCGAUAAUGGCGGUGGUCGCCGUGUUGGGAAAGCAAAAUCACCCCCCUUAAUCCGGUCAUUUACCCAACCUCCCCUUCGCGAAAAAGGCACUUCUGGUCCAAUGGCUGCGUUGAAGUCUGGCUUUGGUACCCCAAGCAAAUCCCCAAGCCCUUUGCCCAGUCCACCAGCCAAUGAGAAACACAAAGCCAGCGAUAAGAAACUGUCAGAUCGCUUAGGGCUUGGUGCCUUGAAGUCAGGCAAAGGACCGUCUGGGCAUUCGUUGAUUCCCCGAUCUAUUCCGAGCAAGAAGAAGAGUCCUCGUGUGUCCAGCCUGGCGCGACAUUUCGAGCAACUGAGUAGGGAAUUUGAAAAAGAAAGACAGCGUGAAAGAUUGCAGCGAGCCGCCAAAAGCAAACACUCACGUGUAUAUCCUAUGACUUCUUCAAAAGCAACCGUAGAGGUCUAUAAGAAUGUUAGGGAAGCUGUGGAAGAGCGAGAACCUUCUGGGGACGGAGAAGAGCUGCUCAUUGGAAAGCCGACAAUGCCCUUCGAUGAAACCUCUGUCAGGGGUAGUGACGAACUUUUCAGAACAGAUACAAAUCUCAGCAAAGAAACAGUUCCAGAAAACACGUCUACAGCCUCCCCAGAACCCGAAUCCAAUGCGGGCGAGGAGGUACCAAGUGACGAAGACAAUAGUCUAGCAAUUCCUGAAUCACCAGAAGAAUCGAUGAAGCUUGAAGAUGAAAUUGACCUGAAAGAGCUUCCCAAACAUGAGAGAAACACACUGGUGAAGAUGUUGACAAAUUUCUGGGCUGAACGAUCAGCAAGCGGCUGGCAGCCCCUUGACUAUCCACUAAAAGUAUCCGAUCAUGUAUUCGCCGACUGCGAUAUCAUUGUUCGCGAGGACGAGCCAACGUCGCUAAUCGCAUUUGCUCUGGGCUCUACUGACUAUAAAAGUAAACUUGCGAGCAUUCAAGCCCAUUAUGAUCAGCAAGAUGGGCAACAGUCGCCCUCAGAAGUCGGAUUGGAGGCUCGGGACGAAGUUAGCGUUGAGCACGCGCUCCUCAGACCCACGGGAACGCAUUUGAAAUACCAAUUCCAAGAAGGUCAGGCGAAGAUGCUGUGUAAGGUAUUCUACGCGGAACAAUUUGAUGCUCUACGUAGGAAGUGUGGAGUUGCGGAUCGCAUCGUGGAGUCGCUUUCUCGAUGCGCCAAAUGGGACUCGAAAGGCGGAAAAACCAAGUCCUUGUUUCUCAAGACUCUAGACGAUCGAUUUGUCCUAAAAUCGCUAUCUCAGAUUGAGACCCAGGCAUUCCUCAAGUUCGCGCCAGCCUACUUCCAAAUCAUGUCCGAAGCGCUAUUCCAUGAGCUUCCGUCGGUCAUUGCAAAGAUGUGUGGGUUCUACCAGGUUAUCAUCAAGAAUCCUGUCACGGGAGUUGAAUUUAAUUGGUUCUUGCUUCUCAUGGAGAACUUGUUUUACGAUCGAGAACCCACCCGGAUCUUCGAUCUCAAGGGGUCCAUGCGAAACCGAAAGGUCCAGAGCACUGGAGAACGCGAUGAAGUCUUACUGGAUGAGAAUAUGGUUGAUUUCAUCUACGAAACUCCUCUCUUCACGCGCGAGCAUUCGAAGAAGUUGCUUGGUCAGAGCGUAUGGAACGACACGCUCUUCCUUGGUCGACAAAAUGUCAUGGACUAUUCUUUGAUGAUUGCAAUAGACGAGCCCCGCAAGGAACUGGUUGUCGGAAUCAUUGACUGCAUUCGGACUUACACUUGGGACAAAAAGCUUGAAUCGUGGAUCAAGGACCGUGGCUUUGCCGGCGGGGGUAAGAACAGACCGACUGUGACAAGUCCGAAGGAGUAUAAGAGCCGGUUUAGAGAGGCAAUGGCGAGAUACGUCCUUCAUGCUCCAAACUGCUGGCACCAGUUUCAAUCAACAUAUUUAGAUAAUCGUCGCAUCGAGAAUCAUCUCUCUCAUAUGCAACCGCCCAUCGACAUGGAAAACAACGAUAUCACUGCUACUAACGAAUAA